AUGAACGCCUUAUCUUACAUCACAAAUCAUGUGCAACUACCAUUCAGCAAACUGCGAGAUAAUAACAAAGUUAAAGCGAAUAUUGUACCUGAAAAUAUCGUAGGCAAAAAGGAUUGGAGUUCUAUCUCGAAUGAUCAGAAAGGGACAAUCACAAGAGAAAAUGCCUCUCCAGAAAAAGGGCUUUCGAGUGUCAAAGAUGCACACAAUCAGAAUGUAGAAGGUGCCAUACACAUAAAGCAACAAAUACCACGAAAAAGAAUCACUAUCUUAUCAGUUUUUGAAAAGUUCAACCUUUUUUCUUUGCUAGCGAACAUUAUUCUUUUUGUACCAAGAUAUUUAUUCCUAAACCCACUUAUAUAUGUGUGGUUCAUCCUAACAUUACCUCUUACCUUGGUGGAACGAGGAAUUAAGUUAAGAGAUCGUAAAAAGAAAGCAGAACUUCGGGGAAACUUUGGAGAAAGUUCUGAAUUAUCACCCCUGCGUUCUAUAUCUGAAGUGGGAGAAGAAGAUCUCUCCACCAGUGAUGAAUUUUUCCUACAGCGAGACACUAUCAAAGGUUCUCUACUAAGGGCAAGUUCUGACAAGCCACCAGUCUUUCAACGAUAUAAAUCUACCAUUAAACAAGACCAUGAGGCUAUGAAUACUAACAUUUUUGGGACAAAGAAAAUGGGUCGAUUCUUAUUCCCAAAGAAAUUAAUACCUAGAUCCAUUUUGUGUAAUGAGAGAAAAAAGACACUCGUAGUAGAUUUAGAUGAAACUCUUAUUCAUUCAGUCUCAAGAGGUACAACGCAUGUAAAUUCCUCACAGGGUCACCUUGUAGAGGUUAAGUUUUCAAUAAACGGCAUUUCCACCUUAUAUUAUGUUCACAAAAGACCUUUUUGUGAUCUAUUUUUGAGUAAGGUUAGUAAAUGGUAUAAUAUCGUCAUAUUCACUGCUUCAAUGAAAGAGUAUGCUGAUCCGGUAAUCGAUUGGUUGGAAGGCUCAUUUCAGGGAAAUUUUGCCAAGAGGCUCUAUAGGCAUAACUGUUUGUUGAGAGAUGGUGUCGGUUACAUAAAAGACUUGAGUGUUUUGGUGAACGCAAAUCAUGCACAAGAUAAUAAGACAUUCCUGCCGGUUGAAGGGCUUCAUGAAGUGAUUAUAAUAGAUAACAGUCCAGUAAGCUACGCUUUAAAUGUUGACAACGCUAUCCAAGUAGAAGGCUGGAUCAGUGAUCCAACGGAUACUGAUUUGCUUAAUUUACUCCCAAUUUUGGAGGCUCUAAGAUAUACGACGGAUGUAAGAAACGUACUGGCUUUAAAAAAUGGUGAGAAAAUGUUUGAAAAUGUUUAA